CCCAUGAAUGAAUACUUAUCUGUGUGCCAAGAAUUAAGCUGAAAAUUGAUCUUGUGUUCAUGAUAGAUGGUAGAGAGAAGUACUAUAUGAGUGCGGCACGUUGCAUAUGUGAGAUUGUCAGCCGGAGUUGAGAUUGUCGUCUGACUCCGGGCUCCACAUUCAAGAACUAUAGGUCCACAGCGUUUUGAAAGUUUUUAGGGUACCUCGGUGGACUCUUGAAGUUGGAAGUCAAGUACAAGGGGCCCUCAAAAGGUUACCUGGACUCCAUUGUGCCAUAUCAAUCUCAAGGGUCUCUUUCGAGUCUUCUUGCAUUCGAAUGCUCAAUUUCUCACCUAGCACACAUUUCGCAUUCUUCAUCGUCCCUUCAAUUUUCUCCGCUCUUCAAUCUCGAAUCGCUCAUUAAUAUUCAAAAUGCCAACAUACAAGGACUAUGAUAGACUUUCUAAAGACUCUGAAGAGGGGAGUUCCUUCCUCGACGACAAUGGUUCUGAGGGCGAAGGUGCAAGAUCACGAUCGGUGACAAGCUUCAGAACCUCGUACAUCAUGCAAGGUCUUAUCACAAUCACCGCACUUCUUGUAGGAGGCGUCAUUGGAUACAACCUACAGUUUGUUUCGUCCGGAAGCGGACUUGCCUUUGCAGACAUUUCACGACUUGAAAUAUACGACGAAGUGGCCUUUCCCCCAAUCUCACAACGAUUUAAUGGAUCGCUGUUCAAACGCAGUGCAUUCAGCGGACCACCCUCGCCCGCAAUGGACCAGUCCUGGGAUCGUUACACCGAAAUAGGGAGCGUUUCGAUGCCAGGUUACCAGCCAUUGCUAAAUGUUUCGACGGAGGAUGCCCUUAGAUCCACUGGCUGGCCCCUGGAGACAGUAGUCCAUCUCAACGAGACGCAAAACAUGGGAUACAUGGCUAGUGUGGCAAUGUUUCACCAAACCCAUUGCCUGAAUAUGCUUCGCAAGUUCAUCUACCUCGAUUAUUAUCAAGAAUCUGAACCACGCUGGUUCAACCAACCUUUACUGCGCGCUCAUGCGGAUCACUGUGUUGAUAUGUUACGUCAAUCCAUCAUGUGCCAUGGUGAUACGUCUUUGAUCAUAUACCAUUGGGUCGAUGGCUACUCAGAUCCAAUUCCAGACUUCAGCACCAUGGUACGUUCUUGGUCAAAUGUCAAUCCAACUCUCGAUCUUUGCUGUCACAUGGAUGUUUAUUAACAUGGUUUCAUUAGCAUACUUGUCGAGAUCCAGAGGUCAUAUUGGAAUGGAUGAGAUCUAGCCAGGUUAUGCUUGAAAAUGCGGUUUCCAAGCAUGGGGAGAAGGGACUGCCAGAAUUAUUUUGACAACACGAAGUAUAUCAGUUGCGAGCAUCUGGUCGGGAGGUGAGGUGCAAAGAAGAGUUUGAAGGGUCAUAGCACACUGGUAGGAGAGGGUAACUUCUAAAUCAUUUAAUCGUUGUACCAACUACCAAAAUACCGUCAUGUGCACCCCCAAUAACCUCGUGGCUAUCAAUUCCUGUAUUGCCAUAACACCCAAUAAGAUCUGUUGUUUUGCCAUCCGGCAGUAACUUUA